ACAUGUUUCUGAUUUGGCAUUGGCGUCCCGUCUACUGUCUGAUCCACGGUCCGAAGAGCCAGGAAACAGCUAAGCUCCGCCUCGUCCGAGGGAUUGUUAGCUUCUUCGUGGGCCUGGUCACUGGCUACCUGAUAUGGGAGAUGGUGGCGCUGAACUUCACCAUGGCCCGGGAUGGCAUCAAUUGGAUUGUGCUGAUGGGCUUGGUCCUGCUGACGGCCAUACUCUUUGCGCUGAUCCGCUGCAUCCGAACUCUGGUCAUGCUGACCUUUGUGCAGCUGGCGGGAAGGGCGGGCACCUUGUACCUGCGGGCAAUGGCCUUUGCCUUAAUCAUUGCCGGACCCAUAGAUAACCUGGUGACCAAUGCAGGUGAAGUUUCCCGUGUGUUCGUCUGCAGCGGUGUGCUGACCUACAAUCUGUCCAAGACGCGCUUCGACCUGAUGGCCAAGCCCUUUACGAACACCCUGAAGGACAUGGACAGGGACGUGGACGAGAUACGGCAGACCUUCGGGGAGCUGCAAGGUGUGCUGGGCGAUCUCAAACAUGCCGUAGAGCAGUCCGACUUUGCCGAAGAAAACGCAGAGACCGGGAUGUACAAGCGCAACCUUAGCAAUACGGAUGCGGGCGAAGGAGAGGAGCUGCCCACUGCCGACGAGAUGCAGCAGCGCUUUAAGAUGAACAUGAAGAACCGAUGCAAGCACCAGCUGGACAGUGGCCAGCGCGUCUGCGAGCAGGUGUUUCGGGAGGGCUACCGCAAGUGCACCACAAACUUUCAGUGGUGGAUUGGCAAGGUCAUCUGCUGGCCGUACCGCGUGGAUAUCAUCUGCGAGGUGGACAUCUUCGGUGAUCCGGACAAGAUAUGCGAUCCCUCGGAGGUGGUGCCGGGCAAUUUCGGGGAAACCUAUGUGGAGCUACUGCGGACAGAGCAGGAGCUUUUUAACAACAGCUCCGAGAUCGUGGUAAGUUACAAGCUGCGGGACGAGGAGCAAGCCAAGACCCACGUAAAGUCCGCCGAACGCACAGCGGAGGGAUUCGCCAAGGACUUUGAGCGGCAUCGCAAGAGAUUCAAGAGGAUCAUGGGCGUGAUCGAGAUGUGUCUGUGCCUGUUCAUGCUGCGGCUUCCCUUCUAUUCGCUGAGGUACUACUACUGGUACUUGACCAACCUGGAGCACGACAACAUAUACAUCACCGACUAUUUCAAGCACGUGGACCGGCGGGUUAAGAAGAAGGGCAGCGAGUCGAUCCUACCAUUGCGCACCUACGAAAAAGCUCGGUACUUCGACCUGGAUCGCUGGUGUGGACGCACCACCAAGGAGUCCGACAAGACCUUCUACACCCUGCUACGGUUCUUCCUGGAGUUAACUACUGCGGUCAUCUUUAUCCUGUUUGACCGUAUAGUCGUCGAGCUGCUGCAGAUCAUCCGGCAGCGAUCGCUGAUCAGGUAUGAUCAGAAGGGAGAGCACGAAGUGCGUUUUAAUAUCACCGGCGUGGGCAAGAUGGCACAACUACUGCGCGUCACGAUGCGCAACUUCAACAUCAACGAGAACGUCUCCACGUCGCUCAGCAACGAGGAAUGCCUGCCGAACCCACACGUCCUGCCCAACAGCUUCUACUACUGGCUAAUCCUGCUCUACCUGGCCAUCUUCGUGGUGAUCCUCCAGUCGCAUACAUUCCUGCGGCAGCGGCGGGUUAUCUGCAGCUACUUCUACGAGAAGCGCGAGAAGCAGCGCAUCCUCUACCUGUACAACCGCAUCCUGCGGCAGCGAAUAAUGGCGCUGCAAAACCUGGUGGAGGAUGUGGAGGACAACCUGGCCCACUAUAAGGUCCGCAUGAAUUUGAAUCCGCUGCUGCAGCUCCGUUCAGCCUAUCCGGAGACCUUCGACUGGCUGCGCUACCUUCCCUGCGGCAAGCUGAGCUGUCUGGUCUGCUGCGAUCCGGAGGACAAAGAGUUCGUCCUGUGCCACUCCUGCAGGGUGCCCUACUGCGACACCUGUGCCGAGGAGAUGAACCACGUUUGCAUCAACUGCGAUGCGAUACUCACCAUGCGCCAUCGUUUGGAUAAAAUGGACGAGGCCAGCAUCGAUGUGUACAUCUACAGGAAGUCGCAGUGAGACGCGAAGUAUCAUUAUUGAGCAUUUUUAUAUGAGCUUUAGAUAAUCUUCAUAUUGUUACAAACAUAGUCAACUUCCAUAGUUUCUCCGAAAGGAUUACAGCGAGG